UUCAAUUUGUGAUUUAUUAAUCAAGUGUAAAUGUUUGCAUACAAACAAGUUUUAUUGAUUAAGCGUUCGCAACAAUGUAGAGAGUAAAAUGACCAGUUCACUAGUGCAACGCAAGUGAUUAAAAGCAACGGUACAACAAGUGAAAUGCCACGGAAGACGCAAAAUUAUGCCGAAAUCUGUCUGGUGAUUGUGACAAGCCUUUGUCUGUUUGCCACAGCCGAAAUCGGUGAAUAUGUUAUCAAAUCGGAGCAACUACCACCUGAUCUCAACUUCAUGCCCACACUGGGCAAUGGCCACAUGGGCUAUACGGUAUUUGGCGACGCUAUCUACAUGAAUGGUGUCUACAACGGUGAGGGAGGAAACAGCCGCCGUGCGCGUAUCCCCAACUGGCUUAACUUGAGUGUGGCCACGAUUCAGUACGAGGAGUGGGAGCUCCAUAUCGUACCGGACAUGUUUGAACUGCAGCUGCAAGAAGGUUACUUCCGUUGGCUAUUUGCCUAUGAGGCCAAUGGACUGCAACUGCAAUUAGAGCAACGCACAUAUCCGCAUCGCUACUACAAUCGCGCUUUGAUCUAUGAACUUUUCGUGCACUGCAACGGCGCUAUAGAUCCAUUGCUUAUAAAGUUGACCCAAAAGCCCGGUAAAGCAAGUGAAGCUUUCGACUUCUCAACAUUGGGCAAGACUAACGGUAGAGGAGGAGGCUAUAAAAUGCUGCGUGGGGUAACACGGCAAUUAGAACAACCCGAUUUUCAAACCGAGCCACGCAAGAUUUUCGUGGCUUUCAGCGAUGAUUGGGUGAAUGAGCAUACCAUCGAACUUGGUGCUGGCCAAGAUGACUUUUAUUACCGUUUUGUGAUUACCGCAGACGAGAGCGAGGAGAUUGCACGACGAGAAAUGACUGCAGUUAUGAAACUUACUCCGGAGGAACUUUUUCAAAAGCACGCCUUUGAGUGGAGAACCUUUUGGCAAGACUUCAAUAUACAAAUUGACGGAAAUGUGGAAUUGUCCCAUAUAGUUAACGCUGGCAUAUUCUAUUUGGCCAACUCUCUGCCCUCUUUGAACACAAGUCAAACGAACGGCGCCUACUUUGGACUCAGCCCCACUGGCAUAGGGCGUGGUCAACUCGACGCCGACUAUGAGGGACACAACUUUUGGGACACAGAAAUUUGGAUGCUGCCAGCCAUCACACAGUUCAGUACAAGCUGGUCAGAGCAGCUGCUACAGUACCGAUUCCAGCACCUACCGGGCGCACGUUACAACGCGAGGCGAACUGGCUACCGAGGAGCACGUUUUCCGUGGGAGAGCGCCUACACUGGCACCGAAGUGACGAAUCCUUGUUGUCCAGAGAUCGCCGCACAGGAAAUUCACAUCUCGCCUGAUAUUGUAUUGGCGCUGCAGCACUACUAUGUCAUAACACAUUCCAAAGAGUGGCUGUGCCGUGUUGCUUGGCCAAUAGCCAAGGAGGUGGCCGAGUUUCUGGUUGGGCGUGUGCACGAUGAUGGACAACAGUAUCAUCUAGAAGGUGUCAUGGGUCCAGAUGAAGAUCACUCAAAUGUAACAGAUAGUGUAUACACGAAUGUGGUUGUUAAGCAGUCGUUAGAGUUCGCAAGCUUUGCGCGUUCCAUGUGUGCUUCGGCCGACAAUCACUCUGACAUCUGGUUAGAUGUCGCACGGCGCAUACGUAUAUUAUACGACGAGAAACUGGAUUACCACCCACAGCAUGUGGGCUACCAGCGCGGAGAGACUGUGAAGCAGGCCGAUGUCAUUCUACUGGGCUAUCCCAUACAGUACGCCAUGUCCAACGUUACACGACUGAAUGAUCUCCACAACUAUGAGGUGGUGACACGCGAGUCUGGACCUGCCAUGUCGUGGUCAAUGUUCGCCAUCAAUUAUUUGGACGUUAAAGAUAUAGACAAGGCUAGCUUAUAUUUCCAGCGGGGCUACAAGGAUUAUGUGCGUCCGGAAUUUAAGGUCUGGAGUGAGAACAAAAAUGGCUUUCCGGGUUCUGCAAAUUUUCUCACUGGCAUCGGCGGUUUUCUGCAAACAAUUAUCAAUGGCUUUGCUGGUAUUCGCUUUCAGUUGGUUGGAAAUCAAUCUGUGAUGGUGAUCCAAAAAACUUACUGCCUGCCUACAAGCAAAGGUUUCACUCUCAAUGGCAUUAAAUUUGCGCAAUCCAAAUUUUCUUUGGAGAUUCGUAGAAAUGGCACAACAACAUUACGAUGUGUGGAAAAAGGUGGUUUGAACAUUGAGUUAUUGGUCAACUCCCAAAAGUAUGCAGUGGAUAACAGUUUCUCAAUCACUUUAAAUGGAAAUACGGCAACCUUGCGCACGAUUUAAAUAUAAAAUGUAACAAAUAUUUCUACCGUAUUGUGUCUGGUUUUAUACACCUCAGUUUUAUUGUAGACAUUUAGAAAAAAUAAGUAAUUCUACAGCGUUAGUUUAGAUUGAAUGACUAUUGAAUAAAUGUUGGUGAUCUGGGUACUGAACGGUU